AUGGAUCUCUUCUGUAAGUGCAUGGAACCAAUUGACAAGUGUUUAAGAGAUGUUAUGAUGGACAAGAGAAGUGUCUAUGAUAUUGUACUCGUUGAUGGUUCACAAGAAUUCCCAAGUGAUGAGGGUAGUGAGAAGGUUCAGGAUCUUCUCCUACUUAAUGUCACCCCAAUCUCUUUCGUAUUGAAAAUUGUUGGUGGGGUUAUGAUAGUUUUGAUCCCUAGGAACACUACAAUCCCAACAAAAAGAAAGAAAAAGUUUGCUCAACCUAUUCUAACAACUAGCCAGGUGUUUUGA